CGGCGAAUCCGACAGCGGGUUCCUUAUAAUUAUAUUUUGACAUCUUUCCUGGUGUCGACAUAAUCUACGUGGUUUUCGCCUAAAUUUUAUUUUUCUCAUUGACAUUGGUUGAAAAAAAGGCGCCAAUGAGAAAAAUAAAAUUUAGGCAAAAACCACGUAGAUUAUGUCGACACCAGGAAAGAUGUCAAAGUAUAAUUAUAAGGAACCCGCUGUCGGAUUCACCGAAAAAUUUUGCACCUAGCGCCCAAUUUUUACCUAAUUUGGUGCUGCGCGGCAAAAGUACCUAAUUUUCUAAUGUUUGCUCGUGUCCAUUUUCUCUUUUUACAUACAUUAAAAACUUAUAAAACUCCACCACUGACAAAUAAACCUGUUCCAAAGAAAAUGGUACGUGAAACAUCUUCGAAAAACAGUAAGUAAAUGGGUAUCACAAGUGCCUUCCAAUGUAAAAAAAAUAUCCGAGAAUAUUAGAAGAAUAAUAAUUUUCACUCAUUUUUGUGAGAACAACUGACUAUCAUUAGUUUUAAACGAAAAAUAUUAAUGAUCAGUAUUUGCAAAAAAAACAAUAAUUAUAAUCAUUUGUUAAAAAGGAUAUUAAUUAUAAUUAGUUUUUAUAGAAGAAAAUAUAUCUCGAAUUUCUUGAGGCAAAAGUGUUAAUCAUCAUUAGUCUUUCAAAACAAAAUACCUAAUUAAUCAGUACUUUUUCUGAAAAAAUCUUAUGAUUUUCACUAUCUUUUAAACCUCGGAUUUUGACGUACGGGAACUCUGGUCUCUGACUUUGUAUUGGAUCUUCAACCUUAUUCUUCCCAUAGCUGUUGUCAGCGCAUCGUUGAAAUUCACGUACGUCAAUAUUGGAGCACCAGGUCACUGCAAUGUAUAUAAUCAAUCGACGUUAGCCGUUUACAUUCAACAAUUGUUAUUUAUGCGAUCAGUCAAAAUAAUUGAAAACACAAAUGUACCGGCUCAUUUACUUGGAGACAGCGCAUUUUCGUUGUCGGCGAAUUUAAUGAAACCGCAACGGGAAUUCCCGUGGAGACUUCGGGAACGGGAACACGGGAACGGGAACGAUACUAAAAGUUGACGUUCCCGAAAAUCGUUUUGUUUUAUUUUUAUAUGUAUUGAAAUAUGUUUAUAUAACAGCUUUUUAACAACAUUUAAACAAAACUCAGUUAUAUGAUUAGCCAAAAGUAGCCCCAAUCAUAAUUUUAUUUUUUAUUUAAUGUCAUAUCACAAGUUGCGCAAUGUGUGAUGUCGCGAGACGCUAGUGGAUGAUAGGGAUACUUCUCACACACGCGAAAAAUGAAACAGGAAUAUGAAUUUCGAAAGCAUUACGGGAACGGGAACGAAAAUAUUUUUACGGGAACGGGAAUGCGGGAACGGGAACAAAAAUUUUUUGCACGGGAACGGGAAACGGGAACGAAGAAAAGUCGUUCCCGCAGGACACUAGCGUUUGGUCAGUUAAAAAAUCGUUUUCGACUAUUACAUCGAGAGAUGGAAUAUGAUAUUGACAACGUCGCAAACAUCAUCAAAACAGCUGUUAUUUUACAUAAUUUUUGUGUCAAUAUUCGUGAUAAUGUUGAAGUUGGGUGGGAGUUACCGAACCCUUAUACAAAAAAACUGAAUUAUACGGCAACAACACAUAUUGCCACACAAAUUCGUCAAGCACUGGCAACACAGUCCAUUGAAUACUAA